AAAAACAAAAAGGAGACGGACACACGAACUGGGAAGGCACAAAACCAACCAGACCGUACGGUCUUAGAUUUUAGAGAGAGUGUGUGAGUGAGAGGCAGAUUGAGAGUGAUAGCGAGAGAGAGAGAGAGAGAGAGUGAGUGAGGGGGAGAGAGAGAGAGAGAGAGAGAGUGUGCGAGGAGGGGAGUGAGAGAGAGCUCCAUUAUUACAGUGAAACCCACGACUCUUUCUUUUUUUGUCUCUCUGCUUCUUCGCUGCGCGUCUCCGCGGAUCGAGCUCUCUGAUCCCUGGGAUAACAUUCUAGAGUAGCGUUUAAUUCUUCUACAAACGUCCCAGUUUCGUUCCUGUAACCUGUACAGAACCAAAGCUUUUAAAUAAAAAGAGAGAGAGAAACCUGUUUCGAUGGAGUUCUACGGUCGCAACCAGCCGACGAAUGGGUACCAAUUGGGUCAACAUCCGGAGUGGGCUCCCUCCGGAGGCGAGACCGGGCUCCAAGACUCAAUGUGGCCUUUGGGGCUGAGGGGCAGCGAAUCGUAUCCGGAGCGACCCGGUGUAGCCAACUGCGUGUACUACAUGCGAACCGGCUUCUGUGGGUACGGUGGCAGGUGCCGUUACAAUCACCCUCGUGAUCGCGCCGCGGUUAUGGAAGCUGUAAGAGCUACAGGGGAGUACCCAGAGCGAGUAGGGGAACCUUCAUGUCAGUAUUAUUUGAAAACGGGGACAUGCAAAUUUGGUGCGUCCUGCAAAUUUCACCAUCCAAAACAUGGUGGUGGAUCCUUGACCCAAGCUCCACUAAAUAUUUAUGGAUACCCGUUACGACCGGGUGAGAUAGAUUGCUCCUACUAUUUGAAAACGGGGCAGUGCAAAUUUGGUAUAACUUGUAAAUUCCAUCAUCCUCCACCAGCUGGUACCUCAAUGCCAGCAUCUGCACCUCAGUUUUAUCCGCCGGUGCAGUCUCCUUCACUUCCUACAGUUGAUCAGUAUGGGGGUGCAUCCACCAGCUUGAGGGUGCAUAGGCCUCCACUUUUACCUGGUUCUUAUCUGCCAGGGACUUAUGCUCCUGUUCUGCUUUCCCCAGGGGUCGUUCCUAUUCAGGGUUGGAAUCAUUAUUCGGCUCCUGUCAGUCCUGUACCUUCUCCUGGUGCUCAACCUGCUGUUGGAGCUACGUCUGUGUAUGGAGUGACACCAUUAUCUUCAUCAACACCUGCAUUUGCAAGACCUUAUCCCUCUUUACCCUCUUCUACUGACCCUUCAAGCAGUAUCCACAAGGAACAAGCCUUUCCUGAGAGACCUGGCGAACCUGAAUGCCAGUACUAUAUGAGAACGGGGGAUUGUAAGUUUGGAUUAUCUUGUCGAUAUCAUCAUCCUCAGGAUCGGGUUUUUCCCAAACCUGUCCUCAGUCCCAUUGGUCUUCCCUUGCGUCCGGGGGUUCAACCUUGUGCUUUCUACUUGCAAAAUGGGCAUUGCAAAUUUGGAUCAACAUGUAAGUUUGAUCACCCGACAGGGGCAAUGAGAUAUAGUCCAUCAGCAACAUCUCUCAUCGAUAUGCCUGUGACCCCAUACCCAGUUGGCUCUUUCCUCACUACUCUGGCUCCUUCAUCGACCUCUUCAGAGCUUCCUCCUGAAAUGUAUUCAGGGUCCAAACGGGAAUUGUAUUCAACCAGAAUGCCUUCUUCUGGGAAUACCGGUAGUUCAGUUGGUUUAAUUUUUUCUCAAGCAGGGUCAGUAUCACUUUCGGAAGUGCAACUUUCAAGUCAGAUUUCUCCCCCUUUAGGCAGUGGCAGAAGCACCAGACAAGGGGGUGAGGUUCGACGUUCAGGCUGAUGCAAAAUCUAAAAGCCAUUCUUAAUUAUCUUCUGAACAUGUUUUUAGCAGCAUCAUUAUGCUCUUUGUUUAUAGAUUCCAGUAAGUUUUUAGAAGUUGAUAAUGCAGAGUACGAUUCUGCACUAAUAAGGAUUAUAAGCCAUAAAAGUUGACCAAUUUGGUUUACCUCACACUUGGACUCAUCAUUGUUGGUUAUCAUGUCAUCUUUGUACAGUCAUAUAUAUACUGUUGUAGUAUUUAUACAUGAUAUGAAUGAAAGUGAGGAAGUAUCUAAAGUUGUUUCA